CAAGUGGGCCACAGCGAGGGGGGAAGCGGGCCUGUACGCGAAGACCGCGGUGCCCUGUGCGCCGAAGGACUGGAAUUCUGGCCGCGGCUCCUAGGAUAGGCCCGGUUCCGCGGGACAGCGUGGACUGACCUGUGCCUAAAGCCCAUCCAGCACGCGGAGUCUGUUGCGAGUCCCGGGCGUCCCCUCCGGCGCGCUCUUGGAGCCACUUUCCCGAGCGGAAGUCCGCCUGCAGCUCGGGCCCUGGUGGGACCUGCUCGGAGGAAUGGCGCCGCCGGGUUCAAGCACUGUCUUGCUGUUGGCCCUGACAAUCAUAGCCAGCGCCCAGGCUCUGACGCCCACCCACUACCUCACCAAGCAUGACGUGGAGAGACUGAAAGCCUCACUGGACCGCCCUUUCACAAGUUUGGAAUCUGCUUUCUACUCCAUUGUGGGACUCAGCAGCCUUGGUGCCCAGGUGCCAGAUGAAAAGAAAGCAUGCACCUUCAUUAAGUCAAACCUUGAUCCCAGCAACGUGGAUUCCCUUUUCUAUGCUGCCCAGUCCAGCCAGGCCCUCUCAGGGUGUGAGAUCUCUAUUUCAAAUGAGACCAAAGAUCUGCUUCUGGCAGCUGUCAGUGAAGACUCCUCCGUGGCCCAGAUCUACCAUGCAGUUGCAGCUCUCAGUGGCUUUGGCCUUCCCUUGGCUUCCCAAGAAGCACUCGGUGCUCUCACUGCUCGCCUCAGCAAGGAAGAGACCGUGCUAGCAACGGUCCAGGCUCUGCAGACAGCAUCCUACCUGUCCCAGCAGGCUGACCUGAGAAGCAUCGUGGAGGAGAUUGAGGACCUUGUCGCUCGCCUGGAUGAACUGGGAGGUGUGUAUCUCCAGUUUGAAGAAGGACUGGAAACAACAGCGUUAUUUGUAGCUGCCACCUACAAGCUCAUGGACCACGUGGGGACUGAGCCGUCCAUUAAGGAGGAUCAGGUCAUCCAGCUAAUGAACACCAUCUUUAGCAAGAAGAACUUUGAGUCACUCCCAGAAGCCUUCAGUGUGGCCUCUGCUGCCGCUGCACUCUCCCAGAAUCGCUACCACGUGCCUGUUGUGGUUGUGCCCGAGGGCUCUCCUUCUGACACUCAGGAACAGGCUUUCCUGCGGUUGCAGGUCACCAACGUUCUGUCCCAGCCUCUGACUCAGGCCACUGUUAAACUAGAACAUGCUAAGUCUGUUGCUUCCAGAGCCACAGUCCUCCAGAAGACGUCUUUCACCCCUGUGGGAGAUGUUUUUGAGCUAAACUUCGUGAAUGUCAAGUUUUCCAGUGGUUAUUAUGACUUUUCUGUCAAAGUUGAGGGUGACAAUCGUUAUAUUGCAAAUACUGUAGAGCUUAGAGUCAAGAUUUCCACUGAAGUUGGCAUCACAAAUGUUGAUCUCUCCACUGUGGAUAAGGAUCAGAGCAUUGCACCCAAAACCACGCGGGUGACCUACCCAGCCAAGGCCAAGGGCGCUUUCAUCGCAGACAGCCACCAGAACUUUGCUUUAUUUUUCCAGCUGGUAGAUGUGAACACUGGUGCUGAACUCACCCCUCACCAGACAUUUGUCCGACUCCACAACCAGAAGACUGGCCAGGAAGUGGUGUUUGUCGCAGAGCCAGACAGCAAGAAUGUGUACAGGUUUGAACUGGAUACCUCCGAGAGAAAGAUUGAGUUUGACUCUGCAUCCGGCACCUACACUCUCUACUUGAUCAUCGGAGAUGCUACUUUGAAGAACCCAAUCCAUUGGAAUGUGGCUGAUGUUGUCAUCAGGUUCCCUGAAGAAGAUGCUCCGUCGACUGUCCUGUCCAAGAACCUUUUCACUGCCAAACAGGAAAUUCAGCAUCUGUUCCGCGAGCCUGAGAAGAGGCCUCCCACGGUGGUGUCCAAUACAUUCACUGCCCUGAUCCUCUCGCCCUUGCUCCUGCUCUUUGCUCUGUGGAUCCGGAUUGGUGCCAACAUCUCCAACUUCACUUUUGCGCCUAGCACGAUUAUAUUUCACCUGGGACAUGCUGCUAUGCUGGGGCUCAUGUAUGUCUACUGGACUCAACUCAACAUGUUCCAGACCCUGAAAUACCUGGCCAUCCUGGGCAGUGUGACAUUUUUGGCUGGCAAUCGGAUGCUGGCCCAGCAGGCAAUCAAGAGGAUCGCUGCAGAGCAGAGCAGUAGAUUGGCAAAAUAUAGGACACUACGAACAGCACAUUAGCUCCAGAAAAAGGAAGGAGAUUCUGAAAGCUGAAGUGAAUAUCAAGACAAGGAGUCAAGAACAAUUCACGGUUUGAAAAGAGGGAUUUUUAAAAAGUUUAUUUAAAAAGAAAAAAGUUAAAAUUGUGGUUAUACUUUUGCUUGUAUUUCUAUUUCCCUGACACAGAGCAGAUAGAUACCUGUGAGCCCAGAUCCUCUCUUCUUUGGCAUGGUGCCCUAGCAAGAUGCUGUGAAUAUUCUAACUUAACCACAUGUUGCGUUGAAAAGUUGAAAUCUGUAAUUAAGCUAUUAUGGAAUAAAAAGAAUAACAGGAACGAA